AUGUCCACGUCGUCCAACGAAUCGGCAUAUGACUAUGCGCCCACGAUCUACGAUCAGAUCUCUGUGGUGGCCAAUGGCUCCGAUCAAUUCCAGUCGCGCUAUCGUCCAGCCCGCAUGGGCAACAUGGCCGACCUUGCCUACGGUGGCUGCGCAUUGGGUGUUGGUCUCCGAUCUGCCUGCGAAACUGUUUCCCCGCAGUUUGCGUUAUACUCAGUCACUGGAAGCUUUCUAGCUCCUGUAUCAACCGCCUUCCAGCUGCAGUGUGUUGUUCGCCGCCUUCGUGACACAAAGACAUUUGCAACCAGGCAAGUGGAAGUCAAGCAGGAACAGAAAGAUGGCACAACACGAUUAUGCAUGAUCAUUCUCGCCGACUUCCAGAAAGCAGCAGAAAGUUCUCUUCUGACAUAUUCUGCUCUCCCAGGAAAAGAAUACUCCCUACCCGACAAAUGCCUCAGUCCUUUCGAGGCCGGUGAAAAAAUGGUACAUAAUCGUGAAUUAUCCGAAGAAUCUUUGACGCUCUAUAAAUCACUUUUCGGCCUUAUGCAUCGCUUUUUUGAGUUCCGCCAGGCUCCUGAGGGCAUUGCGGCCCAUAAUCUCAGUGGGGUCGCCAAGCACAGGUUUUCGGAUCAAGAUGACCUUGAUCUACCCCAAAAGACGUCUGCAGACUGGUUUCGUUCCCGCCAGCAGUUGCCCAGCCCAAACGACCAGUACGCAGCCUUUAUCUUCAUGAUGGAUGGUUUUCUUUCUUUCUUGCCGUUGGCACACAACAAAAUGUUCUUGGAUGAUGCAGCUGCGUGCUCCAGCUUGGAUUUCGCUUUGAGAUUGUUUACAGUGGACAUGAAGCUUGAAGACUGGCAUCUUCGGGAGCUGAGAACUCUUUGUGGCGCAAACGGGAGGACAUUUUCCGAGUCACGGGUUUGGGAUCAGCACGGAACGUUAAUUGCAAGCAUGACCCAGCAGUCUAUUUUGAGACCGAAGGGAGAUGUACCGGCACGACUAUAA